AUGUUGCCCUUGUCUCUGGUUGUCUUGGGUUGUUCUAUUCCCUGCCUUGCGGCCAUCACACAGGGAUCUUUCAGCGUAUUAUCCUAUAAUGUGGCCGGCCUACCUGAGCCGCUCUCCUCCAGCAGCCCUUCUACUAACACACCAUUGAUAUCGCCGCGCCUAGGACCAUUCGAUGUUGUCCAAGUACAAGAGGAUUUCAAUUAUCACGCAGCCCUUUACGCGUCAGACAACCAUCCCUUCCGAACAUCGACCUCAGGCCCGGCCUUGUUCGGCUCCGGGCUUAAUACGCUUUCAAACUUCCCAUUCAUCGAACUUCAACGGGUUAAAUGGAAAGACUGCUUCAUCAACGAAGCCGACUGCUUGACCCCGAAAGGAUUCACCUUCAUGCGAAUCAAAGUAGCGGACGGCGCGUGGGUAGACUUUUAUAACCUCCACGCCGAUGCAGGGUCGCAGACUGGUGACAUCAAUGCUCGUAAAUCUAACUUGGCACAGUUGGCUGCCUUCGCGCAGACUUGGUCCGUGAACAUGCCAAUUGUUAUAUACGGCGACACCAAUGCUCGAUACACCCGAGACAACGAAGCGCUACACAGUCUACUUGAUGGACUGAAUGUGCAGGAUGUAUGGAUACAGGUCAUCCGCAAUGGAGUAGAACCUCUUCCCGGGUCACCGGCGAACGCCUGCCCUUCGACAUUCCCUUCGGGCACCCCCCAAUCCCAGAUGAUCGCAUGCGAGACUGUAGACAAGAUAUUCAUUCGCUCCAGCGCAGCCGUCACCCUGACCUCGAAUACGAUUACCAACGAGAACGACGCGUUCUUGGAUAGUGCUGGUGGUCCUUUGAGUGACCACUUCCCCCUCUCCAGCGUCAUCCACUGGCAGCUUUCGUCAGCCAUCCGUCUAGCUGAUCCCGUCGGGGGUGCCAACGACGAUCCUUUUACCGACGUCUCUCUAGCUGCCCCUGGCAGCGUUCCACGCAUAACGUCCAUUACGCUUCGAGGCGGUAACAGACUCGAUUCCGUUUCGGUGGCAGUCCAAUAUACGAAUGGCACAACGGCCACCGCGACCCAUGGGGGUCAAGGUGGAUCGCCUUCUACCCUCGCGCUGCAAUCGAACGAGUUUAUAACACAGGCGCAGAUUUGCAGUGGCUCUCAUCUCUCGUCUACAAGCGUAUUCUUCCUCCAGGUUACGACUAAUCAGGGACAUACACUGUCCGCGGGAAAGUCUACUAGCGACUGCCAAACGGUCGUUGUUCCAAUCGACGCCGGAGAAGCAGGCAAGGCUUGGGGCCUCGUAGGGUUCUGGGGCAGGUCAGGCAGCGAGGUUGAACGUCUGGGUGCAAUUUGGGGCGCAUCCUAG